CGCCAUUUUCGAGUGUAGAAGCCGCCAAGGCUGCAGGCAGGAAACGAAGGUGUCUGGUGCUGCAGGGGCUGCUACUCGGAAACUUGCUGGCCCGCGGUCCUAGUACCAACUCUGCUCGUGGGUGAAGACGGAAUACUUAGUAGCUGCCUGGUUCGUAAAUCUGUUAGGAAACACCGCUACUUCGACCCCUUAUCGAUGCAAGUUAAGAGGGGUGAGGAAGAGGUGAUGGAUUUAUGAAGACAGAAAUCAUGCCAAGCAAAAGAACUAAAGUAUCUACGGCAGCCCAUCAAAAAGGCAGUGAUUCCUUGGAGGAGUCCUCUAAUGAUGGGAUACCUGAAAAAGAAGCGAAUAUGUACCCCUCUGAAGUACUUCAGCAAGCAGUAUCAAAUGGAGUUGAUCAAAGUUUAGAAGAAAUUUUGAGUAGCAUCUCUCCUCCCCCACCUCCAGCUAUGACCAAUGAAGCUGGAGCUCCUCGUCUCAUGAUAACUCACAUUGUAAACCAGAACUUCAAAUCUUAUGCUGGGGAGCAAAUUCUAGGACCGUUUCAUAAGCGUUUUUCAUGCAUUAUUGGACCAAAUGGCAGUGGAAAAUCUAAUGUGAUUGAUUCCAUGCUCUUUGUUUUUGGCUAUCGAGCACAAAAAAUAAGAUCCAAAAAAAUUUCAGUACUGAUACACAAUUCUGAUGAACAUAGUGACAUCCAGAGCUGCACUGUAGAAGUUCAUUUUCAAAAGAUAAUUGACAAGGAAGGGGAUGAUUAUGAAGUCAUUCCCAACAGCAGUUUCUGUGUUUCCAGAACAGCCUAUAAAGAUAAUUCUUCAAUAUACCAUAUCAGUGGGAAGAAAGCAACUUUUAAAGAUGUUGGGCUUUUGCUCCGAAGUCAUGGUAUUGACCUGGACCAUAAUAGGUUUCUGAUUUUACAGGGAGAAGUUGAACAAAUAGCAAUGAUGAAACCAAAAGGGCAGAAUGAGCAUGAUGAAGGCAUGCUUGAAUAUUUAGAAGAUAUAAUAGGAUCAGGACGAUUGAAAGAGCCUAUUCAAAUAUUAUGUCGAAGAGUGGAGAUAUUAAAUGAACAGAGAGGUGAGAAGUUAAAUAGAGUUAAAAUGGUGGAAAAGGAAAAAGAUGCCUUGGAAGGAGAACGGAAUAAAGCAGUUGAAUUUCUUUCUUUGGAAAACAAAAUGUUUAAAGAAAAAAAUAAAAUCUGUCAAUACUACAUUUAUGAAUUACAGAAGCGGAUAUAUGACCUGGAAGCACAGAAAGGAAAAAUACAUGAAGACACCAAAGAAGUUAAUGAGAAGAGCAGCAAACUGGCAGAUGAAAUGAGAGAUAAGAAUGAGGCUCUGAAAGAAGUAGAAAAGAAACUCAAUGAAAUCACAGCAUUUAUUGAAGAAAAUAAAAAUAGAUUUACCCAGCUAGAUCUGGAGGAUGUUCAGUUAAGGGAAAAUCUAAAACAUGCAAAAAGCAAAUCAAAAAAACUAGAGAAGCAGCUUCAGAAGGAUAAAGAAAAGAUAGAAGACUUCAGAACUGUACCUGCUAGCAGUGAAUCUGCAAUUACUGAAGCAACGGCUAAGAGAGGAAUUCAAGAAAAAGAAAAAGAAAAACUGGAAGAAAAACUAAAAGAAGUUAUGGACAGUCUUAAAAAAGAAACUCAAGGACUGCAGAAAGAGAAAGCGGAUAAAGAAAAAGAACUAAUGGAAUUCAGCAAAACAGUUAAUGAAGCACGUUCAAAUUUUGACAUGGCCAAGUCAGAACUUGAUUUGUAUCUUAGUUGUCAUAAUACUGCUGUAUCUCAGCUAAAAGCAACAGAAGAUGCUCUUCAGACUGCUUCAGGGACACGUAAGGAAAGAUUAACUGCUAUCAAAGAAUUGGAAUCAAAAUUACCUCAAACAGAGAAUGAACUCAAGAAGAAAGAAAAUGAAUUGGAUAAACUUAUAAAAGAGGAGACGGACUUAAAAUAUUACAUUGGAGAUCUACGUCAGAAAGUAGAAGAAGCAAAAAGUUCAUUUGCAAUAAAUAAAAGCCGAGGAAAAGUUCUUGAAGCCUUAAUUCAGCAGAAGAAAUCUGGAAAUAUUUCUGGAAUAUAUGGAAGACUUGGUGACUUGGGAGCUAUAGAUGAAAAAUACGAUGUUGCAAUAUCAUCAUCAUGCGGAGCAUUAGAUCACAUAGUUGUUGAUACUAUUGAUACAGCUCAAAAAUGUGUUAAUUUCUUAAAGAAGCAAAACAUAGGAGUAGCAACAUUUAUAGCUCUUGAUAAGAUGGCAGUAUGGGAGAAAAACAUGGGCAAAAUUCAGACUCCUGAAAACAUUCCUCGUCUAUUUGACAUGGUGAAAAUGAAAGAUGAGAAGGUUCGCCAAGCUUUUUAUUUUGCAUUGCGUGAUACUCUGGUAGCCAAUAACUUGGAUCAGGCCACCAGAGUAGCAUUUGGAAAAGGCAAUAGAUGGAGAGUCAUAACUUUGCAAGGACAACUGAUAGAACAGUCAGGAACAAUGACUGGUGGUGGAGGAAAAGUAAUGAAGGGUAGAAUGGGAUCCUCUGUUAUAGUUGAAACAUCUGAAGAAGAGGUCCAAGAAAUGGAAUCACAAUUGCAAAAAAAGACUCAAAUGGCCAUGCUAUGUCAGGAACAGAAAGCACAACUGGAGGAAAUAAUAGCGAAAUUACAUAAAAAUAUUAGAGAAAUGAAAAACACUUUAGAAAAAUAUACUGCCAGUAUAAAGAGUUUGUUGGAUCAAGAAGCUCAUUUAAAAGUCCAGGUUAAAGAACUAGAAGCAAAUGUAAUUGCUUCUGCUCCUGAUAAAGUCAAGCAAAUAGAAAUGGAGAAAAAAUGUAAUAACUUCAAAGAAGAUUAUGACAAAGUGGCUGCAAAAGCUGACAAACUGGAAAAAGAAGUUAAAAGACUACAUAAUCUCAUUAUUGAGAUAAGUAAUAAUAAACUUAAAGCUCAGCAAGACAGUCUUGAUAAGAUAAACAAAGAAAUAGAUCAGUGCACUUUUGCCAUUACAAAAGCGCAGGUAGCCAUCAAGACAUCAGAAAGAAACCUGAAGAAAACGGAGGAUGCAAUUGUUCGCACUGAGAAAGAAAUUGAAGAAAAUAAAAACAAUAUAGAAAUCUUUAAAAAACAGCUGACUGCAUUAGACGAAAGAGCUGCUGAAGUUAUAGGUAACAGCAAAAAAGCUGAAGAAUCCUUACCAGAGAUUCAAGAGGAACGUCGUUUGGUGCUUCAAAAAAUUAAAACUAUACAAGAAGAAGAACAUUUGUUACAAAAAGAGGCUCUCAAUAUUAGGCUUAAAAUUGAACAACUAGACAGUCACAUUGCUGAGCAUCAAUUAAAGAUUAAGUAUUGGCAAAAGGAGAUAUCAAAGAUAUCACUGCAUUCGAUGGAAGAUAAACAAACAGAAAACCUUCCAGUACUAACUCAAGAUGAACUAGAAAAUAUUACAGAUCCAGAUAUUAUAACAAAUCAAAUAGCUCUUUUAGAAGCUCAGUGUCAUGAAAUGAAACCAAACUUGAGUGCCAUUGCGGAAUAUAAUAAAAAGGAAGAGCUGUAUCUAAAACGUGUGGCAGAGUUGGAUGAAAUUACCAACGAGAGACAUAAAUUCAGAGAAGCUUUUGAAGACCUUCGGAAAAAACGGCUUAAUGAAUUUAUGGCAGGAUUUAAUGUCAUAACAAAUAAGCUAAAGGAAAAUUAUCAGAUGCUUACACUAGGAGGAGAUGCAGAACUUGAGCUUGUUGACAGUCUGGAUCCUUUCUCUGAAGGAAUUAUGUUCAGUGUUCGGCCACCAAAGAAAAGUUGGAAGAAGAUAUUUAACUUGUCAGGUGGAGAGAAGACAUUGAGCUCAUUAGCUUUGGUUUUUGCUUUGCAUCAUUACAAGCCAACCCCUCUGUAUUUCAUGGAUGAAAUUGACGCAGCCCUUGAUUUUAAAAACGUUUCUAUUGUAGCAUUUUACAUAUAUGAGCAAACAAAAAAUGCACAGUUCAUCAUUAUUUCUCUGCGAAACAACAUGUUUGAAAUAGCAGACAGACUCAUUGGUAUUUACAAGACUUAUAAUACAACAAAAAGUGUGGCAACAAACCCCAAAGUUAUUGCAUCAAAGGGACUUGCUGAACUUGGUUCCACAGAAUGCUACUGAAUAUGGAAUUUUCUUUCAACAUUAUUUUUUCCUAAGAUUUUCCUGAAGAUUUGCCAAUAAUUUAAUAUCUAUUUUCUAUAAGUGGUUUUUAAAUCUGACUUGUUACUGAGUGUUCAUUAUCUUAAACAAUAUAGAUCUCUUUAAGUGACUGCUUAAAACAGACAGUUCAGAUAUGACUUUUGGUAGAAGCACUUAGUGAUUAAAAUGGUGGAUUUUUUUAAAAAAAAAUACACGCAGCAUAUUUUUAUUUGAAUUUGAAAAUAAAAUUUUGACAAAUUUCUCUGUAUAUUACAAAAACAGUCUAGUAAAUAAAUAAGUUGAUAAACAGUAAAAAUAUAUAUAAAUAGCAAGCAGAGGCGAGGCUGUGAUAUUGUGCUAGCUGCAGUAUGGUUCUUGGAUUUGGUUUGGCAUCUCGGAUUUGGGGUUGAUUUGACAAUUAAAAGCUGCAACAAAUAAUGGUUAAA